AUGAGCAAUAACGAUAAUAAAUCCGUUCAACCUGAUAAAAAAAGAUCAAUUGGUCAUCUUCCUAAGUCGAUCAAAAUGACAAACAAAUCAUGCGUCUUCGGUAACGUGACCAAUACAGAAGAUAUUAUUUCUCGUUGCAUUAAUGAAAAAUAUAAAGAGGAAAAUUAUUGUCAAGAUCCUUUGAAAAUGAACUCUGUUCCAUGUUACAAACCAGAAGAUUUACCAAAAUCAAGUUUUUCUACUGCAAGAUUAACAAGACAUCUCUGUGAAGUGGGAUACGAUAAUAACCUACCAUGUUUCAGAUCUCAACACCCUUCAACAGAUUUUGAUGCUAUUUGCGAUUUCUUUGAAUAUGCAAACUUAUUAAAAAGAUAUAAUGCAAAUUUAUUAAGACAUGAAACUUUGGAUAUUAAUACUGAGAUUUAUGGUCUAAAAUUUGUUGCUGUUCAUGAAAAUCAAGAGCAAACCAACGAAAAAAAUGCUAUUCAAUUGGUUAAUUCUGCAUUCAACAGCGAACUUUGGCAAAUUAAACACGAACUCGAAGCUUUAGAAAAUGAGUUUAAAGAUUCUGAAUUAAAAUUCUUUAAAGCCUCUAUAGCUGUUUGGUGUAAACCAAAAUUGGAUCGUCGUGAUUGGCCUGCAAUAAUUAAUGGAUUGAAUAAAUUCAUUUCGGCGAAACCAAUAAAUGAUACCAGAUAUUUUGAAGCUUACAUCACUGCACUUUCUUUAUAUACGUUCGCCGCUCUUCUUCAGAAUCAUAAAAAAUCCACUAUGCUUAAUGUAAUAAAUAAUUCUUAUAAAUUACUUUUACCAUUCCUCUCUACUUCAACAUAUCAUAACGCUGAAGGAUCAUUCGCUAAUAAAGUUAAAAACAAACCGCCGAGUGUGAGAUUAAUGGACAUUUUUGGUGGCUUACAUCACGGUUUGAAGGUAGCAACUAUUCAAAAAUUCGAAUGCGAACAAGAUAAUAUAAUUUCAACUUCAGAAUUUUCAAACCUUACUCUUGGUCUUGAUAAAUUAAAUAUCAUAAAACCUGCAACCUUCGCCAAAAAUGAAGGAUGGAAUAACGUAACUAUAAAAGUUGAUGUUAGAUUUCCGGUGUCUUUAAUGAUUAAAUCACGUGGUGUGCGAAUAUUUGAUGUUAGAUCUGAAGCGUGGGAAUUCAAACCUAAUGAACAUAAUAUUUAUAUUUCCCGACUGAUAUUUAAUGCUAUCACGGAAAUUUCUUCAAUUUGGACGGUUCACUUAAGCAUGAAAUGGUUCGAUGAACCUGGUUCAAUUAAAUUGGGUUCACUUGAAGCCAAAUUACUCAAAAAAAAAUCAAAAGCCAGGACAUUUUUAUAUCUCGGACAUAAAAAUUAG